AAAAAAAACCGUGAGCCGCGGCCAUCCUCCGCAACGAAAAAACAGAACAACCCUAGAUCCGCGUCCCACGCCCCGCGCCGCCCUCGGCCUUCUCCCUCUGCCGCGUCCUCCACCGCCGAGGCGCCGCCUCCUAGCCGCCGUCGCUGCGACCCGCGCCACCCUCGACCGCCGACGCGGGAGGAGGACGUCACGCCGCGCCAUCACCGCCGAGGCGCCGCCUCCUCGCCGCCGUCGCUGCGACCACUCGCUUGCCCUCUAAUCGUGACAACAGCCAAAGAGGAAUAUACGCCCACCGCCUGCGCCGAUUCCUCGCCGUCGUUCUCCUCCGGCCUCUCAGCCACCACCACCAGGAAGGAGACGCCGCCGCCUUUGCUGAUUCCUGCUGCCAUAUCAAGCGAAGCCUCAUCGCCGUCCGGUCAGGGACGCCGCCUCGUUGUGGCCAACCUACCCUUGACUGGAAGCGUCGCCGCCGGUUCAAGCUCAGGUUACAUAGGCCGGCUCCAACCAGGUACAAUACACAUGCUCCAAAGAAACAAACGUCUUUGAUCUUGUGCAAUUGAUUCACACAUGUAUAUUUACAAUAAAAAAAUAGUAUUUUGUAGUAUUUAUCAGUGACAUGCAUAUUUAGACACAUUUAUAUUUGGAGUACAUGCACCUGUGAUUGGUGGCGUGCAUCUGUGAUAAGUUUGCUUGGUUCAGAUCCAAUGUGUUCUUUACCAUGGUCAAUUAUGCUAGAAGGCUUUGAUCUGUCAGUAACCGGAUUCAUGGCCGUCGUUCCACACGUCAAAUACUAAAGUAUAGGUGAAACUUAACUGCAGGAGAUCAGGCCAACAAAACUGAAAAUAAUCUAUGCAUCUUAUCUUAUGAAAAUAGUUUAUGUCCACUUCCCUGUAUCCCAUGUUUACAGUUUUACAGUAAUCAGGAAAGAUCUGGAAGCACAUAGUCUCCAACUCUCCAUCCUUCACCAUCCGGGGCGUGGGACGCGGAUCUAGGGUUGUUCUGUUUUUUUGUUGCGGAGGAUGGCCGUGGCUCACGGUUUUUUUUGUUUUGUUUUUUUUGUUGCGGUGGUGGAGUGUGCGCUUUUUUUUUUCGCUCCGAACUUGUCGGUGUACGUUUUUACGUUGGAUCCCGUGUCUGCUCUGGCUUCACCAUCACCACUAUGUGUUUUUUAAGUAGUAUAGAUAGAUUAGUAAUCCGAACACAGCCUCCGAGUCACCCCAAGGACUCUCUCUCUCUCUUUCUCUCUCUCCCUGACUUGGGUGGCCCACUCCAGACCAGAGUCGAGUCAGGCUGGCCAUGGCCAUGGCCAUGGAUGCCUUCGGCUCCGUGUUCGGCGAGGCCAAGCCGCCGGUGACGAUACGGAUGCGACCCGUCCUCUUCCACGCCCACGCCCACGCCCAUACUGAUGAUGUCUCCCAACUCUGCCUCCUCGCCACCGACCUCCACUCCCACGCCUGGGACCGCUCCCUCUUCCUCUCCGACAUCGACGAUCUCAGAGACGACGUCGGGAUCGGCGGCUCCUGCUCCGACUUCCUGGAUUACCUCAAAUCUUGCCUCUCCUCUGGGGAAGUCAACCUCCUCUUUCCUCACAAUGGGCUUGAUCGCGUUCAUCUUGUUGCUACAAAGGCAAAGGGUCUACCUCGCAUCACCAUUUCCCUCAACACCCUUACUCACUCCGCGCUGAAUGAUGUCAUUGCCAAUUUCUCACUAUCACUCUAUGCCGCUUUUAGGACUACGCAGGACCAUGCAUCCAGAGAACAAGAGCGAGCGUCAAAGCUGAUGGAGACUCUAUCAUCUGAAAAGGAAAAGAAUGAAAUAAUGCAAAAGCAACUCGAAGCUCUUUCUUUUCUAGACAAAAGAAAGGCAACAAAGCCAAAGCUGGUGGCCAAUCAGGUUCCAAGUGUGUCUGAUGUGACUCAGGGCUCUGAUCAGGUUAUUGUUCCAGCACAGCAGCAAACACCAGUAGUUUCACCUAUCAAAGUUCCUCCAGCUAAAGCCACGAAGAGGAUAGCCUCUGUAUCUCGGAGGGCGAGAGUGCGAGGAGCUUUGUUGCAAGAUACUGAGGAAGAUGUCGAAGAAUAGUCAGAUAUUGCCUUUUCUCUGUAUUGAUUAGUUACAAACUUCUAAAGCGUGAGUGUGUGGUUUGUUAGUUUUGGGGCCAUUUUUACUUGUAUCAAAUCUAUGAAAUCAAGCUAAUGCAUUUAUUGACACAAACCUGCUCACUUUUUAUUGUGCACUUUAUUUU